GUUGGGAUAGCUGUACCAAAAGAUUAGAAUUUUUUUUUUGAACUUAUUAGUUAAUUUUGCUAAUUAGCUAGAUUGUUUGAAUUUGUAUGUAUAGAUGAAUUUGGAUUAGGCCCUACAAAGUAGAUCAAAGUGUUGAUUCAGUCCUUGAAAGCGAAUUAGUCCAAAAUAAACCCUCCAAUUUGGAAACUUAUUUGUUCACAGAUGAGCCUUAACAUCAACUCGUUUUCGGUCAAUUUCUUUUACCAAUUUUUAGUGGUAAUGUGACAGCCAGCUACUAAUUUUGGGGGGAUUUUGAAGCAAUUAAUUUCCUGCCACGACGAAAUUUCUAAUUUUGAGGGGUGAAUUAGGAACUUUCUCGUUGCUGAAUGUCUCUCAACUCUCUACAAAACGGCAACUUCUCUUUAGAAUUUUGGUUGCCCUUUUAAUCAUUGCUAAGCGCACAAAAGGACUUUGAACAGAUACAACAACUGAUCAUUUGCUAGAAUUAUAGAUUUACACGAAAGUUCCAAAUUGAGACAAAUUUGGAGUCAAAUUACAAAAUGAAACCGAGUUUUGAAUCAAAUUGUCUUUUCCUUUUAAUAAAUUCCUCUGUCGAGAGAAAAUGGGAAAAAAAAAAAGGGGGGGGGGAACACUAACUUUAAGAUGCCAAACCCACUCGACCAAAAAAACCCAUAAAAUCCGCUGGAAGGAAAAGUUUUUUCCUUCUUUCUUUCCAUAAAAAUUUUUCCAAGUAAGUAUGUGCAGCCCUAAGUAACGAGAGCCCAUUCACUAGUGGAGUGGUAUUUAGUAAUACUCCUCGCUUAAGCAAACUCUAAAGCCCCGAAUAGCUUAUUAGGGUUGUCCCCUCUAUAAAUUACUGCCGGUAUCUUCCUAAAUCUGUCUUCUUCUCUCAAUCUAAAAGCUAUUUCUAUAUAUCUACAUAGAUUUCGCCCCCAACAUCUAGGGCUCUUUUUUUUUUCUUUGUUUUGGGGUUCGGCAAUUCAAUGGCGGAGGAGAAUACUAGGUCGAGGGGGGUGGUGGUGAAGUUUCGGGAUGACAAGGGUUUCGGCUUCAUCAAGCCCGACGAUAGCAGCGAGCAUCUCUUCGUUCAUCAAUCUGAGAUCAGAUCUGACGGCUAUCGUACCCUUAGGGAGGGUCAGCUUGUCGAGUUUUCGGUCAUAGUAGAGGCCAAUAAGACCAAGGCCGUUAAUGUCACUGGCCCUAAUGGAGCCCCUGUUGAUAACUCCCGUGGUGGCCGCGGCGGCGGCGGAAGCCGCGGUGGCUAUGGGUUUCCCGACGGCGGGUAUAACAGGAGGAAUGGGAAUGGUUAUGGGUUUCGCGGAGCCGCCGGCGGUGGCGGCGGCGGCGGCGGGGAGUGUUAUAAUUGUGGAAGGGCUGGGCAUUUAGCUAGGGAUUGUGAUAGGAUGCCCUCCUCUGGUGGCGGCGGUGGAGAGUGUUAUACCUGCGGCAGGAUUGGGCAUUUGGCUAGGGAUUGUGAUAGGAGUGCUGGAAAUGGUGGCAGCGGCGGCGGGGGAGGCUGUUUUAAAUGUGGCGAUUAUGGACAUUUGGCUAGGGAUUGUUCACGCAGUGGUGGAGGUCGUGGUGGAGUUGGUAGUGGUGGUGGUGGUGGCGGUUCGUGCUUUAGGUGUGGGGAGCAGGGGCAUAUGGCAAGGGACUGUACCAGUGGCGGUGGAGGUAGCAGUGGCGGCGGUUACUCGAGGUUUACUAUUGGUGGAAGCAAGUGCUACAACUGCGGGGAGACGGGUCACUUUGCAAGGGAAUGCACUAACACCGCAUGAAGAAAUUGAAUAGGAGGAACAAUCAUAGUAGCAGUUAUGAGUUAUCCUUUUCUGCUGUUAUUAAUUUCGUUCUUUAAAUAGUUUUUGACAUCCUUUUGCUUGCUAAUGUUUUGGUGGGUUAUAUACAUAUGAUAGUGAUUUUGCGGAAUAGCUUUUGUUAUGAUUGGCUUGGCGAUCCACUGUUGUUUCUGUGAAGGAGAAUUUUCUCUGGGAUUGGUAUAAAAGUAUAUAAUGGUGGUUCAGUUUUGAUAAUGUCUUGAAUAUGGGCCUAAUGGCAGAUUUGGAUUUUUUUUCACAUUAAUCUAUAAAAUGUCUUAAAUUA